UGCAGGGGUCGAAACAAGCGGAGCUCUUAAAAAAGGCUGUACGGGAAAAAAGGUGGUCCCGUUCCGAAAACACCGUCUUGAAGCUAGCGGUCACAUUUUCAAACUUUUAAUGUCUUUCGAUUGUUCACUAAUACCAGGACAAAAUUUAGUUUAAUAACUUUUUUUUUUUAAUUUAUUAUUUUUUUUAGAUCGGCAUGCCAGUAUUAUCAUAUGUAGAAAGCGGAGAUAAAGCCGAUCGUUUUAACUGGAUAGAAGUUCGAGAAAUCUGCCAAAAAAAUAAAAAAAUAAAAAAAAUAAAAAAUGAAGAGAACAGCUGAGAGUGGGGUGAGGAGGUUGGCGUUGGCAAGUUUGGGAAUUUCGCUUUGUUGCGCCCUCCGUCGCGUGUAACCAAAUCGGUGAUAAGAUUCAAAAUCUUCCCAGUUAUUCAUUACCUGAAGAGAAGCUCUCCAUUCCCAGUUCUGAGUCACUGUGCAACUAUCAGUGUGGCUCUGGAAGCUUUGGUCUGUGCAUCUGACUGGUACGGCCCAGUGCCGUGUGCUGAUUGGCUGUUGCCUGGGCAAUGAGGAUGUGCUGCUUGCAUCAGAGGGGAAGGAUCUUGACGUGAUGGGGUGUAGGACGAGCAAGGUCCUCCCAGAACCCCCCAAAGAUGUCCAGCUAGACCUAGUCAAAAAGGUAGAGCCUCACCAGACUGAUGUCUAUAAGAAUUUCCUCCGUCCGGAGGGCGGUGGGGAGAAAACGGGCUCACCUUCCCCUCAUGGCCAGAGCCAAGCCACCAGGGCCGCUACCCAGAGCCCUCCAGUGGCCCAUGGCCAAGCCGACCCACGCCGCAACAAAGUGGCGAAGUACAGAGCGAAGUUCGACCCCCGCGUGACAGCUAAGUACGAGAUCAAGGCCCUUAUCGGCCGCGGCAGCUUUAGCCGGGUGGUGCGUGUGGAGCACAAGGGCACGCGACAGCCAUACGCCAUCAAGAUGAUCGAGACGCGUUACCGGGAGGGCCGAGAGGUGUGUGAGUCGGAGCUGUGUGUGCUGCGCCGUGUGCGACACACCAACAUCAUCCAGCUCAUGGAGGUGUUCGAGACGGCCGAGCGUGUCUACAUGGUGAUGGAACUAGCCACGGGUGGUGAGCUCUUCGACCGCAUCAUCGCACGCGGUUCCUUCACUGAGCGCGAUGCCACACGCGUCCUGCAGAUGGUACUGGAUGGCGUGAAGUACCUGCACACGUUGGGCAUCACGCACCGCGACCUGAAACCUGAGAACCUGCUCUACUACCACCCUGGCACCGAUUCCAAGAUCAUGAUCACUGACUUUGGCCUGGCUAGCACACGCAAGAAGGGCGAUGAGUGCCUGAUGAAGACCACGUGUGGCACGCCCGAGUACAUCGCCCCAGAGAUCCUGGUGCGCAAGCCGUACACCAAUGCUGUGGACAUGUGGGCGCUGGGCGUUAUCUCCUACAUCCUGCUCAGUGGCACCAUGCCCUUCGAGGACGACAAUCGCAUGCGUCUCUACAGACAGAUCCUGAAGGGGAAGUACAGCUUCUCCGGGGAGCCAUGGCCGAGUGUAUCCAACCUAGCGAAGGACUUCAUCGACCGCGUGCUAACCGUGGACCCCAGUGAACGUCUGACGGCCGGGCAGGCACUUAAGCACCCCUGGAUCGUCAGCAUGGCUGCCUCGUCCUCCAUGAAGAACCUGCAGAGAUGCAUCUCCCAGAACCUCCUGAAGAGGGCGUCGUCGCGCUGCCACAGCACCAAGUCGGCCCAUUCGACACGCUCGAGCCGCUCCACCAAGUCGAACAAGGCGCGGCGCGUCCGAGAGAAGGAACUGAGGGAGCUCAACCGCCGCUACCAGCGGCAGUACAACGGCUGAGGGACGGGCGUGCAUACGCGCCAAUGCCGUGCAGUGACUCGAGGGAGCUACACGCCGUGUGCGGCCUCGACGACCAGGGGAGGCACGGACGCGUGGAACACAGAGGCACAGGUGCUGCCGGUGGUGAAGAGAUACGUCAGUAGAGCGUACACCUGCUCCAUGGCCACAGAGCUGGUUUGCAGAAAGAAAGAAAGAAAGAAAGAAAGAAAGAAAGAAAGAUCUCACAGUCAUCAUUCAGUCCAUCGCUGUGUAGGUCUUCUGUUCUGUGUGUUCCCUUUAUUUGUGUGAUUUCCCCCCCCCAUCCCCUUAUUUAUUUAUUGUUGAUUUUUUUCCCCCUUAUUAUGUUUGUCUUUGAAGUUACUGUCUCAUUAAACCUUUUAUCUGAUUGUAUCUGUUGAACAGAAUUAUAUGUAAUGAAGUUGCUGGAAGGACUACUAAAUAUGAGUUGGCUGUUAGCCCUUCCUGAUUUUUGCUGUGAAUUUUUUUGUUAAAGCACCAAUUAGAGUUGGUUGCUCUUCUGGGAGGAGACUUUAUGCUGUCAAUCGAUUAUUUGCAACAACACAUCUUUCCUGAAUCUAAUUCAUUGUGCCAAAACAUUUCUUCAUAUAUGAAGGUCAAGAAACCACUCUGAUGAAGUCUGAAUCGCAGUAUGUUUAUGUAGAAUAUUGUUGAAUUUACAUCUAGUAAAUACAGGGGAGCUCUUUACACUGGGUUCUCCAAAGACACUGAUGUUCCAAACAUUUAUUUGACAAACAUUUCUUUAGAAAAUCCCAUAAUGUAGAUUCUGUUGGCAUCUUUUUCUGGUAGCCAUGAAAAAGCAGAAAUAUCAAUGAACAAACAAAAUCCUUAACUUCCUUAUGCAGUGUGAGUGUUACCCUAUAGAGAAUAAUUCGUGACAUGGAAUUAUAUAGACAUGAAAUAUAUCAACAGUUUGCUCAAUCUGUCAAAAUGAAUAAAUGGUGAAAUUCCAACAACUGUCAUAUUGAUGAUUGGGCUGUUGAAUAAUGACUUUCUGUAAGUGUCGUAAUUUGCCAUACCUUUCCCAUUUAAGAUCUAAGUUUUUUGCAACGUUAAAGUAUUUUUUCUUUAUGAAUAAUCAACAGAAGUUACUUUUGGAAUCAAUAUUUUUCUGUGUUUUGGGAAGACCACUGUUUUAUGUUUUAUAUCUUAAGUAAAAAGGCUAGUUGCUUUUGAGAAAGGAAAUGUUGAUAGAAAUGUAUUUUAGUAGUUUGAACAUAUAGUUGAUUUACUAAUAAUAUGAAUAAAGGGAAAUAAAGGGCAUCCUCGGCCAUUUAUCAGUAGAGGAUAUUUUUCUAUAAAAAUGUGUACACAAAACAAGUGGAGUCACCAUCAUGGAGUCACCAAAACCUACAGAAUGUGGAGAUGUAGUUGUGUGUGUGUGUGUGUGUGUGUGUAAACACAGUUGAGUGAAACAGCAACAUUCUUCCAUUUAAUGAAGCCAAUCCAACACUGUCUCUUGAAAGAAAAUGUUUAUAUGUUUUGUUUGUGCUUCUUUUUAUUUUCAUAAAGAGUAAUGAUGGAUAACUUUGUUCCAGAAUAGUGAAACUUUUUUUUUUUUUUAAAAAAACAAAAACAAAAAAAGGAUCAAAUGUUAAUUUUAAAAAAUUGUUUUUA